CUCCGACGAAGCAACGUCUUUUUUUAUUUGGUCCUUUCCUCUUUUUCUUUUACCUUCAUUCUCUCUCUCAUUCUCCCCCCUCCCCCUUCAGCCGUUCCUUCGCUCCGCCAUCUAUCCCCACACAUAUACCAUAUAUAUGAUGGCGACCUCUCCUCUUAAAGAGCAGUCCACCGUGAAUCUUUCGCUUGAAAAAAAGCUUUCUCAGACAGGAUCAUCAACAACUAUCUCCAGUGACGGUAUUCAUGCAGACAACAAGGAACGAGGCUAUUCUGAGGGCGGAGAUCUCCUUGCAGAGAGACCAUCUCAGGGUAGUAACUUUUCAGCAUUCUUUAACAUCGUCUGUGUUGUUGCAGGGACAGGAACCUUGGGUUUACCCUUCAGUCUAGCCAAAGGUGGCUGGAUUGGUGUAGGCAUUCUAGUCUUGUCGAUGGCCAUGUCCAUCUAUACGGGUAUUUUGAUCAUCAAAUGCAUUUAUUACAAUGGACACACUCGUCUUGCUUCAUAUCAGGAGAUUGGUCAACAUGCAUUCGGAAGGAUCGGUCUGAUCGCUGUCUGGUUCUUCCACACAUCGAUCGUCUUGGGAGCACCAGUCAUGUACUUCAUCUUGUCUGGCACAGAGAUCCAUGGAUUGACAAGUUCCCGCGUCAAUGUUUCGGAAACAGCUUGGAUCUGGAUCUGUUGUGGUGCCGUAUCUAUUCCUUUUGUGCUCAUGAAGACGUUGAAGGAGGUUUCACUUUUGAGUAUUUUCGGCGCCAUUGCUACUGCAGUCUUGGUCGUUGUGACGAUGGUAGAGUCCGGGAUCGACUACAAGAACCACAAGGAUACGGUUCAUUAUGAUGCUGUCAUCCUACGUAAUCUUCCCGUUGCAAUCGCGACUAUUUCUGUAUGUUUUGGUGGCAAUGUUGUUUACAUGCACGUCGAGGAAUCUAUGCGCUACCCACGUGCCUGGAAUAAGGUUUUGACUUGGGCCGUAAUCGUUUGCUGUGUCAUGUACGCCAUGGUCGCAAUUCCUGGAUAUCUUACGUAUGGUCCUAAUGCUGCCUCGCCUAUCCUGACAUCUUUGCCUGAGGGUGCUUCGCGCAAAGUCGCUACCAUCAUGAUUGUUGCACAUGUGCUUCUUGCUGCCCCAGUGUUAAUGACAUCGUUCGCACUUGAGGUAGAGCGCGUACUGAAUGUGACUGUCGAGAAGCUAGGAGUUUUCAAGGAAAGAUUCUAUAGGACACUGAUUCGACUGAUCAUUAUGGGAGUAGUCGGAACAAUCGCUUGCUUGGUUCCCUUUUUUGAUUCACUCCUAUCGCUAUUGGGAGCAUUGGGCAACUGCAUGUUGGUUUACGUAUUACCGGUUACGUUUUAUUGGAGGUUGAUCGGUUGGAGACAAAUGAGAUGGUAUGAAUUGGUCUGGUGCGGGCUUAUCUUGGUCAUUGGUAUGCUGAGUUGUGUCAUUGGAUCUAUCGAUGCGAUCAGGGACUUGCACCGUGAUUUUACUCAAGGACGUGACCAAGGGAAAUGAGGGAUGUCUUUUUUUCCCGUUAUCCAUUGGCC